UUGCACCAUCUCCAACACGACACUUUAAUUGAAGCUUUAUCAAAAGCCAUCAAUUGAACCAGCAAUCAUGUCCGCAACACUCUUCCGCUCGUCAGCGGUAGGUCGCUCGGCGCUCAGAGCCGGAGCUGCAAAGAGAGCUGCCUCUGUAGCAAGCACAAGCUUCGUCCGGGGCAAAGCCACGCUUCCUGACUUGCCAUAUGACUACGGCGCACUCGAGCCCUCCAUCUCCGGCAAGAUCAUGGAGCUGCACCACAAGAUGCACCACCAAACCUACGUCAACAGCUACAACACCGCCUCGGAACAGCUGGCGGCCGCCGAAUCCAAGCAAGAUAUCCAGAGCAUCAUCGCCCUGCAACCGAUGAUCAACUUUCACGGUGGUGGACACCUUAAUCAUACGUUGUUUUGGGAGAACCUGGCGCCGAGCAAAAAGGGUGGUGGUGGAGAGCCAGAGGGGAAGUUGAAGACAGCAAUUGAAACCUCCUACAAAGACUUCGCCUCCUUCAAGACCAAGUUCAACGCCGCGCUCGCCGGUAUCCAGGGCAGCGGCUGGGCCUGGCUCGUAAAGGACAACGAGACCGGCCAAGUCCUGAUCCGCACAUAUGCCAACCAGGACCCUGUCGUAGGCAAGUUCACGCCGUUGUUAGGCAUUGAUGCGUGGGAGCAUGCGUAUUAUUUGCAGUACCAGAAUCGCAAGGCGGAGUACUUUACUGCGGUUUGGGAUGUGAUUAAUUGGAAGGCUGUUGAAGGACGAUUGAAGUAGGAGAAGGAGCAGAGAUGUGUAUGUACAUUAGCAUGGAGAUGGAGGAUGAGUGAUGAAUUGAGCGUAAAAGCAACUGAGUCUAAUUCCAAAUGUACCGCCUACCUGCGAACUGUACAGUACAAUCACAUUCCUCUCCUCUCUUCUCUCCAAAUAUCCCGUCGCCUCGGUCCUCGUAAAACCUCCAACAAGAAACAGGUCCUAUUCCAUGUAAAACCGGCGUCCCGGGCUCUACAAAGCAAUUCCCUCUUCAAGC